AUGCCCGGCGUCAAGGAAAUCGUCGCCACUCUGGCCACAGCGGCCAUCUGCGUUCGCGCCUGCCUUCAAGACAGCCAUGAGAUACUUCGCCGUACCGAGCGCCGGCUCUCUCGGGCCUCGGCCUCGGCCGGCCUCCUGUUCAAGCGGCAGGCUUCGGCGGCGACAUCCGCACCGGUCCUCACGGAAACGGAACGCAUCCUGGUCGACUCGUUCGACAACGCCAGCAUCGCAGAGUGGUCGUACUACUACAGCUCCGGCAUGCGCCUGGCCGGCUCCAACAGGUCGCAGGCCGAGUGGACGCGGCAGAUGUGGCAGGACGCCGGCUUGGAGGUCCAGAUCGCAGAGUACUGGAUCACGUACACGGAGCCCAGCCAGAGCUCACUGCGUCUCCGCAGGCCGGAUGGGUCGUCGCAUGUCGCGCAGCUGAGGGAGGACGUCUUGGAAGGGGACGAGCAGACGGCGAACCCGGAUGAGAAGAUUGCGUUUCAUGCCUUGUCUGGGAGUGGAAAUGUCAGCGCAGAGUAUGUUUACGUUGGACGCGGCACCCGCGGCGACUACAAGCGGCUCGUAGACCUCGGCGUCGAACUCAAAGGCAAAAUCGCCCUGGCGCAGUAUGGCGGGACGAACCGCGGCGUCAAGAUCAAGAACGCGCAGGAGAACGGCAUGGUGGGCGCCGUGCUCUACACGGACCCCCUUGAAGACGGCCAAGUCACCGAGGCCAACGGCUACAAGGCCUACCCCGACGGCCCAGCCCGGCACCCGUCGGCCAUCCAGCGUGGCUCGACCCGCUGGGCGUCGCUGUCCUUUGGCGACCCGUCCACCAUCGGCUACCCGUCGCGGCUGGACGCGCCCCGCGGCGACAUCAGCGAUCUCGGGCCCAAGAUCCCCUCCAUCCCCAUCAGCAUGCGCGACGGCCUGCAGCUGCUGCGCGCGCUCGACGGCCACGGCGUGUCGGGCAAGGAGGCCAACCGCAGCAGCUGGGUCGGCGCCUUUGCAAACGUCAGCUACAGCAGCGGGCCAGCGCCCGGCGCCACGCUCGACAUGGUGCACUUUAUGGACAAGAGGCUGGAGCCGGCCUGGGACGUCAUGGGAUACAUCAACGGCACGUCCGACGACGAGUUUGUCAUCAUCGGGAACCACAGGGACGGCUGGACCACGGGUGGCGCCGCCGAUGCCAUCUCGGGCGGGUCGCUUCUGGUCGAGAUGGCCAGGGCCUUUGGCAAGCUCAUUGAGCGCGGUUGGAAGCCGCGGCGCACCAUCAUCUUUGCGUCGUGGGAUGCCGAGGAGUUUGGCCUGAUGGGGUCGACCGAGUGGGUCGAGGACCACCUCCCCGAGCUGGUCGGCAAGGCCGUGGCGUACAUCAACCUCGACACUGCUGUCUCGGGGCCAAGGACGGCUAUUUCCGGGUCGGGAGAGAUUCAGACCAUCGCCAUCGAGCUGAUGAAGAAGGUGGCGUUUCCCGAAAAGUACGGCGUCGGCGAGACCUUGUACGAUAUGUGGUACAAUAGCACCUCGGGAUAUGUCGGACCACUGGGGAGCGGGAGUGACUAUGCUGCAUUCUACCACAACGGUAUCAGUUCUGUGAGUGAACGGUUUUCUCUGCGUUCAGACGACACGACACCGCAGAAGAUGGCAUGA